UCAACCUUUCCGGUGAAAAACCGAAGAGAAUCACUGAGAACUUAAUUUAUCCAAUUGACUCCACUUUAAUAUGAGCGGUGGCAUCUACGGCGGAGAUGAGGUCAGUGGUGUUGUUUUCGACGCUGGAUCUCAUAGCUUUCGUGUUGGUUUUGCUGGGGAAGAGUACCCAAAGGGCGACAUUCCGUCCUACAUGGCAGUGCAAGAGGUGGAAGCAGAUGGUGAUGUGGAAAUGAAAGAAGGCGCGCAACCUGAUACAAACAUCAAAAAGAAGAGAAACGUCUUCAUUGGAACUACGAAAAUAGUUGUUCCGAGGCCUAAAACGACCAUUGAAACAUUCAUGAAAGAUGGGAUGAUUGAGGACUGGGAGAUGUUCGAAAAUCUUCUUGAUUAUUCUUACAACGAAGUAUUGUACAGUGAAGCACAAUAUCAUCCAGCAUUAUUUACAGAAAGCGCGUGGAAUGACAAAGCGAAAAGGGAACGUUUGACUGAGCUUGCUUUUGAGAAGUACAAUAUUCCGGCCUUUUUCUUGGUGAAAAAUGCAGUGCUAACAGCUUUUGCUAAUGGUCGAACAAGUGGAUUGGUUGUUGACAGUGGCGCUACUCAAACUUCGGCAGUUCCUGUUUACGAUGGAUAUGCUGUCACUCAUGCUGUGGUACGCUCUCCCAUUGGAGGUGAUGUCAUAUCAGAGCAACUGCAAUAUAUGCUUGACGAACAGAAAAUAGAGUUGGUGCCCACGUACUUGAUAGGUGGAAAGGAUGAAGUGCUGGAAAAUGAAGCGCCAAGGUGGACGAAAAAGAAAAACUUACCAGAAGUGACUGAAAGCUACGAUAAGUUCAUGAGGAAACAGAUCUUGGAAGAUAUGGCUGUCUCAAUUUUGCAACUUUGCGAUACUCCAUUGGACGCAGAAUACGCAGAAAAGUUGCCUUCGGCUCCAUAUUCUUUCCCAAAUGGAUUCACGAAGGAGUUCCUUGCCGAGCGGAUAAAAGUCCCGGAAGCAUUGUUCGAUCUCAAAUACCUUCGCAACAUGCCAGCUACGCAAUCCACAAUGUUAAAUGUAACGCAGAUCGCAACAACGGCAGCGGGAAUGUGUGACAUAGAUAUCCGACCAACUUUGUACAGUGGGUUGAUGGUGACUGGAGGUAACUCGUUGAUUCUUGGUUUUACGGAGAGGCUCAAUCAUGAUCUGGCCCACAAGUGCCCACCGACGAUCAAGCUGAGAGUUUCUGCUGCGCCCACCCCCAUGGAGAGGCGGUUUGGAGCUUGGAUCGGUGGCUCGAUUUUGGGGUCUUUGGGAUCGUUCCAGCAGAUGUGGAUUGCCAAGUCGGAAUAUGAGGAAACUGGCCGAACCAUCGUCGAAAAUCGCUGUCCUUAAUGUUCCUUUCUUGUGAAUCCGUUUCAGUUGGUUGUUUUUCUUUGAAUGGUAGAACUACGGAUUGCCUUUCAAAUUUGGACUACUACCUUCCAUGUUAUAUUUUUGUUUGUGAGAGCUGUUGUGAAAGAGCAGCGCGAUUUGCUUGUAAGAAUUGAUCUCCUUUGCACUUGACUGAAUACAGUAAACUCCCCACUUGCAUAUUUAUACUUCCCAUUUCCGCAUGUCUAUUGGAAAUGAAUUCUCAAAAAAUUAACACCCCUAGUUUCAAGGUUUAGUCCUGUAUCUUUUCUUCUAUACUGUCUGGAAUCCUGCUGUAGCUUCACUCGGUUGAGAUGUGGUUACUAAAUUUGCUUCUCCGGAAGGUGAAUGCAAGCACGAAGGAUGAAAUCUUUUUUGUCUCAAUGGAAGAGCAUUCUAAGCCUCUUUCGCAAGAAUGCUCCUGGAUGAGCUCGUUGAAAGGAUUUAAGAGACUAGAAGGGCCAAGGUUUCCUGAUGGUUCUAUAAAUUGGCAGUGCCCUUGUAUGGCUGGUGGGUCACUCGUUGCACACAGAUGUGGUCAUUACUUUCGGAAAUUGUAUGUUUGUAUGUCGGCAGAUGAGGAACAAGACGUAACCAUCAGAUGUCCUGAGCAGUUCGUAGACUGGGCAGCUUGCAUGCAGAACAUGACAGAAGAACGGCGUAUGCAAAUGAGAGAGCACCUUCUCGAAGCUGCUGAUGAAAAGAAGAUUACAUGAUAUUUCUUCUACUUGGUACUGUCAUUAGGUUAUCAAAGAUGAAUUAAAAUAAAAGUCCCAUG